UGUACUUUACUAGUACUUUGUUUAUUCAAAGUCAAUUGCUAAUAAUGAAGCGAACCUAAAAAGAUGAAGAACAAAAAUCUUCAAUUCUAAGUAAUCAACCAGGUUUAUCAUUAGUUUACAGUCCCUCCUAGCUUACUCUCUUCAUCACUCUCAAUUUUUCUCUCUCUGUACAUGUAUUAAGUCUCCCACCGUUUUAUCUUUCAAUCCUCCACCACCAUGAAGGGAGGUGGUGGCGAAGCAUCGCCGUCGACGCCGGGAAACGGCGGCGACUUUCUCCUUCAAUUGCUACGAAAUCCACCCCAAAUGCCACCACCAAGACCGUCCACGGCCACCGGAGCUUCACCAUCUCCACCUCCGCCUCCGCCCCCGACUUUCACCCAUGACCCCGCUGUCGCAGCCGUGGGCCCCUCCCUACCCUUCCCGCCAUAUCAAUCCAACGGUCAGGACCUUCCCUACCCUCCUCCUCACAACUUCUUCCUAAGAGGGCUUGCUCAAAACCCUAACCCUAAACCUAACCCUAACCCUAAUUGGUCUUCUCCACCUCCGCCCGGGUUUAAUAACGCUCAUCAUCAGCAACCUCUCCAGCUAAAUCAACAAGUAUUCGGUGAUGAUCUCCGGAAGCUAGGGUUUUCAGGUAUGAACCCUAGACCAAUGGUAGCUAAUCAGCAGGAGCAUAACCUCAUUUUUGGUUCGUUACCUUGCCAAAUUCGAAACAAUGAUAAUGUUUGGAAUGUCAAUUCAGCUAAUAUCGAGGGUUUAAUUUCGAAGGAGAGAGAAAUGGGUUCGAGGAAUAAACGAUUGAAUGGUUUAGAGUUUGAGUUUCAAAAUCCUCUUGAUUUUAAUCGAAACCCACAAGGGCAUCAAUUUCAGAAUCAUGAACAACAGCAUGGUUUGAAUUAUAGGUCAAUGGCACCCGAAGUGAGGCAACCGCCACCUGGUUUCGCCAGCAAGCUUAAGGGUGUAGGGAAUUGGGAAUCUGGUAAUAGGAGUAGUAGUUUUGAGCAUAAUGUGAAUAAGGAAAGGGGUCAGCUUGGUGAGCUGAAUCAUGCUAGUGGUACUUCAAAUAUUAAGGAUGUGAGAGAACGGAGGUUACCUGAGUACGGAUUGGGCCCAGGUCUUCCAGCAGGAAGUAAUCUUCAUUCUGUUUCUGUGUCCGAUAUUGAAGAAUCAAUGUUGAAAUUGCAUGGUGAAGCUGGGGAGAAACCUGGGUAUGGGAGGCAGAGUCAGGGCAUGACAAGGAGGGAUGAUGAUCGGGGUCGCCUUGAAUCAGAUGAUUACGGUGAACAACUUAUUGGUUCCUUAGUACAGGAAGAUGAAUCAGAUGACAAAAAUGGUAAAAGGAAACACCAAAAUUCUCGAGACAAGGACUAUAGAUCAGAUACAAGAGGGCAGCGCAUGCUUGGGCAGAGGACGAGGAACUUUAAAAGACUCAUUGAAUGUCGUACUGACAUCCACAGGCUAAAUGCUCCUUUUCUUGCAAUUUAUGAGUCCUUAAUACCACCCGAGGAAGAAAAGGCAAAGCAAAAACAAUUAUUAACAGUGUUGGAGAAACUUGUUAACAAAGAGUGGCCUGAAGCUCGGUUGUAUCUUUAUGGAUCAUGUGCUAACUCAUUUGGGGUUUCGAAAAGUGACAUAGAUGUUUGCCUUGCAAUUGAGGAUGCAGAUAUUAACAAGUCUGACGUCUUGUUGAAGUUGGCAGAUGCACUGCAGUCUGAUAAUCUUCAGAAUGUUCAGGCGCUGACUCGUGCUAGGGUACCCAUAGUAAAGCUUAUGGAUCCCGUGACCGGAAUAUCUUGCGAUAUAUGCAUAAACAAUGUAUUGGCGGUUGUGAAUACAAAGCUCCUCCAAAAUUAUGCACAAAUAGAUGAGCGGCUGCGACAGUUAGCAUUUAUUGUGAAACAUUGGGCCAAAGCAAGAGCAGUGAAUGAGACUUACCGAGGAACACUAUCUAGCUAUGCGUAUGUUUUGAUGUGCAUUCAUUUCUUACAACAGUGUAAACCCGCCAUCCUUCCAUGUUUACAGGAAAUGGAGAGAACCUACGUUGUUACGGUAGAAAAUGUUGAAUGUGCUUAUUUUGAUCAAGUUGAGAAACUUCGUAAUUUUGGAUGCCGUAAUAGGGAAAGCAUUGCUCAAUUGGUAUGGGCAUUCUUUAAUUAUUGGGCAUAUAUUCAUGAUUAUACAAAUGAUGUUAUAUCAGUUCGAACAGGAAGCAUCCUAAGCAAGCGAGCCAAAGAUUGGACAAGGAGAAUCGGGAAUGAGCGCCAUUUGAUAUGCAUAGAGGAUCCCUUUGAAAUAUCUCAUGACCUGGGUCGAGUAGUGGACAAGUUUAGCAUCAGAGUCUUGAGGGAAGAAUUUGAACGGGCUGCUGAAAUUAUGCAGUAUGAUCCUAAUCCUUGUGUGACACUCUUUGAACCUUAUUUUCAUAAUUGAGUUGCCCUGCCUUUUUUUUGCUUGAGCAUGAUAAUGCUGUAAUUAUGGUAUUUUUUGUCAGCUUGUAAAUUUGUUGUCACUACCUUUCUUGCUUAUGCUUUGUUUGUAAUAGUAUUUAAAGAUUUUGACUUUAAAUCUGAAUAUCGCAGUUGUAAAUAACUGUUUUAUAGAGUAUUGCUGUUCUUAAUC